AUGAAGCCCUCCAAAGUCCUUCCUCUACUCGCGUGCUGCGUCUCGUCCGCUCUGGGCGCGGCCAUGUCCCCCGUCGUCGACCCCAGCGACGCCAUUAUCGCGGCAUUUGCCGCUACAAGCAACCUCAAGGUCGGCGACAACUACGAAGGACAAAGGAGCAAGGAGAGCCUGGGAACCCCAGUCCAAUGCCAAGUGUCCAGCCCCAACCACGACGGGUACGCUGUCAAGAAAUGGUACCUCAAGGAAGGGCUCGGCUACCUGCGCGAGCCGGGUCGCAUGUGCAACAUCGCCGCGGGCCAGACAGGGUGCGGGCGCAUCAGCUGCUCGUGGGGCGCCGCCGUCUACCUGUGCGCCCACAACGCCCACGGCGCCAAGAUCGACCUGCCGUGCAGCGACGCCGCCGAACUCGUCUCGGCCGUGCUCAACACGUGCCGCCACGACUACAAGGAUACACUGGUCAAGGGCCUGGCCUGGGACGCCGAGAAGCGGUUUAGCGUGGAGCUGUACGAGGACCGGUGCUGA